CAUUGUUUCGUUUCAAGUUUCAACGCCCAACUCGGCAACAGCGGCAACGCUGUUUUGUUUUGGUAAAAGUGCGAACUGAAAAAAAAGUCUGUCCUGGCGAGAGUCGAGAGUCGAGUCGAGACUUGUUUCUAUUCGUUUAUUAAUGCAAUUUAUAUUCAUAAAUAAAUGACGUAGUGUUUGAAUACUACCAACAUCAUAAUUAAAAACCAUGCAUUUGUAGUGAUUAUGAGUGAAUAAAUUUUUUUUUUGUCGAUCAAGUGCUGACAAGUAUAAAGUGAAGGACGAACAAGCGUAAGAACUUAUAAUGGCUGAGGCACAAGUCGACUGUUGCAAAGCUGUAACUCGAAGCAGCAACACAACUGAAGACAGCGAGAAAAAUGUGGAGAACAAAGAAGUUACAACAACCAAUGUGCCGGAAUGCGCCGUAUGUUUACAAAUCUGCAUUCACCCAGCUCGUCUUCCAUGUAACCAUGUGUUCUGCUACCUGUGCAUUAAAGGUGUCGCUAAUCAGAGCAAAAGAUGUCCAAUGUGCAGACAAGAAAUUCCACCUGAUUUUCUAGAAAGGCCACAGUUAGUUGAAUUAGAUUCGCUACAACAAAAAGAAACAGAAGAAGUCACAGAAGAAGUUUUACAUGAAGACUAUCAGUGGUUUUAUGAAGGAAGAAAUGGGUGGUGGCAGUAUGACCAAAGAACAAGUGCAGAGCUUGAAACUGCAUAUAAAGAUGGCAAAAGGUCGUGUGAAGUUCUUAUCGCUGGUUUCUUGUAUGUAGCUGACUUUAGUUCCAUGUUCCAAUAUCGACGGAAUGAUCACUCGAGAAAAAGACGAAUAAAACGUGACUUAUACAAUGCACCGAAAAAAGGAGUAGCAGGAUUAAGAUUGAACAACACUUCUCGAGAGCAAGAUGAAUUUCAGAUUAUAAGAGAAAUCAGAGGAGCAGAAAGGCAAUCUAGUCCUACUAAUGACAAUAUAGUAAGAGACGGUACCAACACUCCAAUUCCACCAAGUAACACACCUCAAACACCAGCAGGAGGAACGACCAGUGGAGAUGUCACACCUUCAACUGCCACUAGAUUAAUGGAUCACCGUUCGGACUCUUUACAUCAGGUUUUGGAACAAAUGCGCUCAUUAAUAUCAUUGAUCAUGACUACCCAGGCCCAAUCAGAGAUAAUCCAAUACGAUGGCUGCACACCGUAAGGAACAGACAUAACAAUCUUGUUAUUUGCUUCAAGUUUAAUAAAAACAGAAAUUCACAGUAUUAGAUGACCUCAGCUGACGCAAGAAACCUUUAAAUUAUUGUAAGAUUCAAGUUGAACCUACAAUUAUCUGUGUUAGGUUUUUCUUCUAAAGACUGUAUAUUGUAAAAGAGAUGUUCUUGAAAACAGUUUUGAUACAAUAUUGAGUGAAAAAAAUAUCAACACUUAUAAUUUAAGCAAACUAGUACUAGUACAAAUAAUUAAUAAGCAGUCUAAUAUUAUAAAUUAAGUCUAAACAAUAUUAUAAAUCAAAAAAUUAUCUAUUGCUUUCUAAAUUAACAAAGUAAUUAAUCGAAAUUAGAUAUUGCGGGUUAAAAUUUGUCAUUAUUGUAUUAAUGCAUUUUAUGAUCUAAAAUUACUAUUUUAUCUAGUUACUAUAUUUUUAUUCUCGGUUAUUCAAAUAGAAUCGUAUAAAUUCGUUGAAUGCAUGAAAUUUAUAAAA